AUGGUUUAGUCGUGUACUAUUUUGAAAGGGGUACCGUAACGUAAAGUUUUGUAUCAAUUUACAUUAUUUGCAUUAGAACGAAAAUUUUAAAUACAAACCUUAUUGACCUACUUAAUGAUCACAGUCUUCUCACAGCACUGACGAUGUAUAACCAGGUCACAUACAUGUCGCGUUAAGUUUCAUGCCACAGUGAAUAACUCGAACAUUACAAUGGAGAGCGACAAGAAAGUUGAAGACAUGGAUAUUCCUACUGCGGAGGGGAAUCUCUUGGAGCAGCCCGUGGAGGCGCGGGUAUCUGCGCGUAAUCCGCUAAUGAAAGUGCACACUUAUGUGGUGGCGCUGCGGCCGUGGUCGCUGAGUGCAAGCUUACUGCCUACACUGCUAGGUGCCGCCCUGGCCUGGCGUCUGCCCGGCGAGCAAGCCUUCAGCUGGCCCGCGCUGCUGCUCACGCUCUGCACAGUGCUCCCAGUGCAUGGCGCAGGCAACGUUGUCAACACAUACUUCGACUUUGUUAAAGGAAUCGACAAUCGCAAGUCAGAUGACCGAACACUCGUCGACCACCUCCUAAGCAUUGAUGAGGUAGUCUCCCUUGGCGCUAUAUUGUACCUGGCUGGCUGUGCCUGCUUUGUUCCCCUGUGGCAUCGGUGCGGUGCUCUCUGUGGUUCUUGCUGCCCAUGCUGACUCUGCCCAGAGCAUUUAAAAUAGAAAGGAUGUUCCGACACCCGGACACAAUGAGAUAUGUGCCU